CAUGGGGAGCUCAGUGUCCACUCUGGCUGGGGCCAGCUGGAGGGCUUCAGUACAGCCCCAGCCAACUCUCAUUGAACAGCUGGAGCACUGAGACCCUGGGCACUCAUUUCAAAUCAUGAAACGCCACUUCACGGACCACAGGGGAGAACAGUCACCCACCGAUGGGACCACUCUCAACUUGACCAGCCCUGAGUCCACUGAGGAGAGUGUGGAAGUGUUCUGGCCAGGGACUAUACAGAGAGAAGGGUCAUCCCCACGGCCACGGCCUGCCAUUCCCCGGGAGGAGGGCCUCUACUUCUCUGCCAGGGCCCAGGGGAUGCUGGUGUGGAGCAGCUCCCCAUCCUCAGAGUCCUCCGAGUACCAGUCCUACUCCCAGUACCAGUCGUGCUGCUCCUGCAUGUACGACGAGGACAGCGCUGCUCCGCAGAGUGUGUGUGCCUUCUACACGCACGUGCAGACCGUGCAGGGUGUGGCGGUGGCCUGGGAGACCGAGACCGGCUUCGAGCCGGUCAGCCGGAAGCCCCGCAUCCAUGAAGCCCAGUUCAUCAAGAGGCAGAGGCGGAAUGGCUCCUCCUUCGAGAUGGCUUCCAACACCGAUCUGCGCUGGGACCUGGAAGCCUGCAAGAGCAACUGCAGCCCCGAGCCCGAGGACACAGAGCUGCUGGAAUGCUGCCUGCAGGAGUUGCGGUCGCCCCCGGACUGGCUGGUCACCACCAACUACGGGCUGCGCUGCGUGGCCUGCUGCCGGGUCUUCCCCUCCCUGGACGUUCUGCUGGAGCACGCCCAGCAUGGCAUCCGGGAGGGCUUCAGCUGCCAGAUCUUUUUUGAGGAGAUGCUGGAGAGAAGGCGAGCUCAAGGCCAAGCACAUGACCAACAGCUGGAGGAGGAGCAGAGUCCUUCAGACAACAGUGAAUGUUCCCGACCCCAGGGUGAGGUGCUCCCAGCACAGCAGCAGGAGAAGCAGUGAGCUGGAGGGGAGAUACUCACCCCUGCCCUCACCUCCAGUGCCUGGGACUGCUCCUUCCCCAGCCAGCAGUAUCAGAGCCACUAGGGCAGUGAGAGAGGACCAGGAUCCGGAGGAAGGAAAGGCAUGGGGUGUAGAGCAGCGAGGGCCAGGAGCCUGGAAGGAGCCCCCUUCCUGUUCUGGGCACAGCAUCUCCACCAGGGUCCAUUUCAAAAUCCAAACCCAAACAAGAGGGCUUUGAGUGUUUCUGAUGGCGGGCACAACAUCUGAAACCCACAAACGCAUGGCCAGAGGGAUUUCUAUUUUUGCCGGUGCAUCAGGCAGGUCCACACUUGCUAAGUAGAUGUGGGUCACAGGACAGCCAACUGCAAAUGACUCUUCAGCCCUAUUUUUUUCACUGUUAUGAAUCUGUCAUAUGCCCUAGUUCUAUGUCUUAUGUUAUUGGGAUUAAACUUGAAUAACACAAAA